GGGAACCCCCGCUGCCGCUGGAAACGGUACCAGCGGUCACAUGAUGACACCACCAAGUGGGAGCGCCUCUGGUUCCUCAUCCUCACCUCGUCCUUCUUCCUGACCCUGGUCUGGUUUUACUUCUGGUGGGAAAUUCACAACGACUACAAUGAAAUCAACUGGUUUUUAUAUAACCGAAUGGGAUAUUGGAGUGACUGGUCCAUUCCAAUACUUGUAACAACUGCUGCUGGCUUUACAUACAUUACAGUGUUACUGAUACUAGCACUAUGUCACAUAGCUGUGGGACAGCAAAUGAACCUGCACUGGCUUCACAAGAUUGGCCUGAUUACAACCUUGAUAACUACCGUGGUGACCAUGUCAUCGAUAGCACAGCUUUGGGACGAUGAAUGGGAAAUGGUAUUUAUUUCACUGCAAGCCACAGCCCCUUUCUUGCACAUAGGAGCACUUGCGGCGGUCACAGCCCUGUCGUGGUUGAUAGCGGGGCAGUUUGCACGAACAGAAAAAGCCACUUCUCAGAUGCUGGUGUUCACUGCAUACCUUGCAGUUGUAGUUGCACUUUACCUCGUCCCCCUCACCAUCUCGUCCCCUUGCAUAAUGGAGAAGAAGGCUCUGGGACCAAAGCCAGCCAUUAUAGGUCACCGCGGAGCACCGAUGUUGGCACCAGAAAACACUCUGAUGUCCUUCCAGAAGGCAGUGGAGCAGAAGAUGUAUGGAGUCCAAGCUGAUGUCGUACUGAGCUAUGAUGGAGUGCCGUUUCUGAUGCACGACAAGACACUCAGGAGAACAACAAACGUGGAGGAAGUGUUUCCAGAGCGGGCCUACGAGCACUCCUCCAUGUUCAACUGGACUGACCUGGAAAAGCUCAAUGCUGGAGAGUGGUUCCUACGGAAUGACCCUUUCUGGACAGCUGGGUCUCUCUCAAGGUCUGACUACUUGGAAGCUGCCAACCAGUCAGUCUGCAAGCUGGCAGAUAUGCUAGAGGCGAUCAAGGACAACACAUCGCUCAUCCUGAACUUCCAGGACCUGCCACCAGCUCAUCCUUACUACAGCACUUACAUCAACAUCACCCUGGAAACCAUCCUGGCAUCGGGAAUUCAGCAACAGGCUGUGAUGUGGCUGCCGGACACGGAGAGGCAGCUGGUCAGACAGAUUGCGCCGGGUUUCCAGCAGACUUCUGGCCUCAAGCUGGACGCAGAGCGCAUGAGGGAGAAGGGCAUUGUGAAGCUCAACCUGCGUUACACCAAGGUCACGAACGAGGAUGUCAGGGACUACACCAUGGCGAACCUGAGCGUGAAUCUCUACACUGUGAAUGAGCCUUGGCUAUACUCCAUCCUGUGGUGCGCUGGUGUCCAGUCGGUCACCUCCGACAGCUCCCAUGUCCUUCGCAAGGUGCCUUUUCCUAUCUGGCUAAUGCCACCAGAUGAGUACCACCUAAUCUGGAUCACGUCUGAUCUCAUUUCAUUUAUCGUAAUUGUAGGAGUUUUUAUAUUCCAGAACUAUCACAUGAUCAGGUGGCGCCUAGGAAGCAUCAGGACCUACAACCCGGAGCAGAUCAUGCUCAGUGCUGCUGUCCGCCGGUCCAGCCGGGAUGUCAAGAUCAUGAAGGAGAAGCUGAUCUUCUCAGAGAUCAACAAUGGCGUGGAGACCACGGACGAGCUGUCUCUCUGCUCCGAGAAUGGCUAUGCCAACGAGAUGGUCACCCCCACAGAUCAUCGGGGCACCAAGCUGCGGAUGAACUGAGGGGCUCCAACCCAGCCCUGAGCCGUGCUCUCCUGCUUGUUGUGGGAUGGGAACCUUUGAGGAACUGCUGGUCGGGCAGAGACCCCUUCCCACAACCCAAUCACUGGCUGCUCCACCUCCCCGGUUGUGAGGUUGGGGGCCUUAUUUUUGUGAAUAUGUAGAAAAUCUGAAAUUUUUUGUCUCUCUUUUUUUGAGUGUAAUUUUUUCCAGGGCAUGAAUGGAAAUACCGUGUUUAUUAAAUCCUCGACCUGAUGGC